GUAGGAUCGCAGGCCCUCGUCGCGCUGGCUCUCCUGCUCUCGUCGUCUCCCCGCGCGUUCUCCACCAACCGCUGUGGCAUGACGACUAGCUCCACCACCGCCUAUACCCAUCUCGAGUCGCUUCUGCUCUUCCAGUCGCUUCGUGACCAUGGACUGGAUCCUCAGGUCUUCAGCAGUAUAUCUGAAUUGCUGAAGACCAACCCCCACAUCACCCAGAAUCCCACCUUCCAAAGCGGCCGUCUGAGCCCCGACGCACUGCGCAACUGUUACCUGCACAUCCUCAAAGAGGAGAUCAAGACUGAACAGCCCCUUCCUGCCGAUGAAUCUCCCAAUCUUUCCGGGAAGUCCUCGCGCAAGCGAAAGGCCCCGAGCCCGGCCUUGUCCACCUUCCAGGAAUCUAUCCAGUACCAGCAUCUCAUUCCAAAGCUCGUCGGCAAACUUUACGCGCGCUACCGCUCCGCCAUAGUAGAGGAGAUCAAACGGGAUGAGGACGAUUACGAAAAACUGCAGCUCGAGGUGCAAGGCAUUCAACGCGGCCUUUAUGACGAGCAGUUGACCAAGACUGCGAAUGUCAACUCCAAGCCCAAGUCAACAUCACACAGCCCCGACAUUGCCAAAAAUCAACAAUUACCCUCUCAACAAGACAAGGCUCCACAAAGAGCCUCUCUUCCAUCCCCCGUGUCUGUUAGCGCACCCGUUGCGCCUCCGCCGAUUCAUGUGCAGACCGAUGGUCCUUCGCAGCAACAGCAGCCGCCCUCAAAACCAUCAACACUACUUCCUGCGCCAAGUGGACCAAGUCAGCCCGAUCAGAACUCAAAGGCAGCCCAGACAAAACCGCGCGCCUCCACCUGGCAAGCCCCAGACAUACACAGCACCACAACCUCCUAACGUGGGUCCUAACGGCUCGCCUUAUCCUCAUCGUUCCCCAUAUCUGCAAAACCAAUCACAGAAUGCGCCCUCUCAAGGCAGCCCGCAACCACACAGUGCAGGUCCUCCACAUCCGCAACCAGGCCAUCCACCUCACAUUCAACCCCAGUCGAUACAGCCAUUUGGAACCAGCGGAGCCCCGCAUUACCCACCCACCCAUGGCCCUCCC